AUGAUUUAUAUGGUAAUAGAGAUCCUUGUUUACUUCUUCUCUGUCUCAGGCUGGGUCCUCGUUUGCUCCACCUUGCCCGCGGAUUACUGGAAAGUUUCCUCCAAUGAUGGUACAAUCAUCAGCACAAUCAGCUUCUGGUCCAAUCUGUGGAAGACCUGCACAAUUGAUUCUACAAGCGUCACAAGCUGCAACGACUUCUCGUCUAUGUUGGAUCUGGAUGGUUACCUCCACAUAAGCCGUAGCCUUUUGAUCGCGGCCGUGUGCCUGGGUUUCUUUGGUGUUAUGAUUGCCCUGGUGGGUAUGAAAUGCACGAAGAUCGGUGGGUCCGACAAGACCAAGUCCAAGAUUGCAUUCUUUGCAGGACUAAACUUCCUUGUGUCUGGACUCUGCUCUCUGGCUGGGUAUUCUGUGUACGCUCACCAAGUAAUGUCUGAGUUUUUUUAUCCAUCUUUUCGUGAACUGAAGUUUGAACUGGGAUCGGCUCUGUUCAUUGGCUGGUCAGGCUCAUCCCUCAGUAUCGUGGGUGGCCUUGUUUUC